ACCUCAUUAGUCAACCAAUCAUUUUUUAUUAGGAUCAGUUAUAAAAACAGGAAAGAAAAGAAAAUUAUUUCAUUAGUUCUAGCGUGCGAAGAAGAAGACCAGAGGACGCUAUCUGAGAACCCCAGUGGAGACCACGUGAACCACUACACAGGACACUGCUACCCACCUCUGCUCACCGUUGUCGCUACCCUCUUUCGUACUCAUCUCUUUUUCAUUUCUUGAACAUUUUUUCUUGGCAGAACAUGCUUUUGACGAUCAUAGUCUUCGGUCUCGUCGCCCAACAUUUUCUAGGCUGUGAUGCUGACUCUCCUUACACCCCAAAAGGAAAAGGAGGCGAUGUGGUUGCCGAUGUUGUAGAGAUGAUCAAUAGCUUGGGUAUAUUUCCAAACGAUCACAAGUUCCUUUGUCGCGUUGCCUGGGUCGAGUCCAAAUAUGGAGUGGCGCCAGGAACGUAUAGGCCAUCUUAUUACGGGGGAAUUUGGCAGGUGGACGCUAUUGGCUAUCGCGAAACAGUUAUCCAGCAAGGCCUAAGGAAGUACUGGGACCGAAUUAAGGAGCGACUGCAUAUAGACUGGGAAAAAACUUCAUGGUCAGAUUUGGAAAAGCCGCUGUACUCCGGAUUGGCUGCUCGAUUGUUUCUUGCCAGGAUUCCUGCUCCUAUUCCAGCUGACCUUACUGCUCAAGCUCAGUACUGGAAGAAAUAUUACAACACUUCAGCUGGGAAAGGAACCGUGCAGAAGUUUAUUAACGAUGUUAAACAAGCUACAGGGUGUGCUGCGUGAAAAAUUCCAAAUGAAUCAUCCUAUCUGUAGCUUGCAAGAAACAGGAUAACAAUAUAUUAAAGAG